AAUUGCAGCCACCUCCACUGCAAACACAUAGUCUACCCAGUUAGCUUCAACCAAUCAAUUCAAGAUGUUCAAACUGUCUGCUCUUUUCGUCCUGUGCGCUGUCGUCGCCUGCAUCGAGGCUAAGCCUGCUGUCCUCGUGGAUGCUGCUCCAGCUGUGGUCACCGCAACAAGCUCUCAAUAUGUGGCACGCAACUUCAAUGGCAUCGCUGCUGCUCCAGUUGUCGCCGCCGCUUACACCGCUCCAGUUGCUGCUGCGUACACUGCUCCAGUUGCCACCGCUGCCUACACUGCGCCAAUUGCUUCCGCUUACACAGCGCCAAUUGCUUCCGCUUACUCUGCCUACACUUAUCCCUACACUGCUGGUUACACCACUUACCUAUAAAUGACUCACUCGAAAUUGAACACGGCUUGAUCAUCAUUCAAAUAUAAACAAUUGCUCAACCAAAUCGGAAACUAUUCAUUUAUUUUUAUUUAUCUUGCGUAGUUUUCAAAGUAAACAGCGAAUUAAUGAACUUUCAGUCCACGC